AUGAGUUCACACAAGCAAGAAAGAAAGCACAAACGAAGCAAGCACGAACCCAUCUCCAAUGACGACUACUUUGUCAAAUCAGCCGAAUUCCGCAUGUGGCUCAAGGAGGAAAAGGAUCGAUACUUUAACGACCUCGACGCUGAAAAGGCUCGUCAUUACUUUAAAAAGUUCGUCAAGGCUUGGAACAGAGACGAGUUGGAAGAAAAGUAUUACAAAGGCAUCAACUCAGCACAACUAUCAUCCUCUGACAACACUGGAUACAAAUGGUCAUUUGCCAAGAAGCUGGAUCAGCAUGAAUUGGAUACUGUGAGAGACUCGGUGGAUACAAUGACGGGUGGUGGACGUCAACAACGUGGACGGAGGGCACAAGUAGGUCCUUCGCGACCACCCACAACAGGCUAUGACCAAGUUGAGGAGGAAGAACGAGAGGAAAGAGAACGUGCAGAACGACGUGCACAACGCAAAGCCGAAUCCAAACGUAAACGAGAUCGACGAGAGGAAUAUUUGGAUGAAGUUGCUCCCAAAGAAACCGGUCGAGAAGCACAAAUGGCAAAGAAACGAGCAUUGAACGCAUACCACAAACGUGAAAGGAGUCCUGAUGUCGAGUUGGAUGAAUCCGAUCUUUAUGGUGGAGGCGAUGAUUUUAAGGCUGCACUCGCAGCUGAAAAACGACGAGAAGAAAGACGCAAGCAAAGAUAUGAAGAAAAAAGGGAACAGCGCCUUGGACCCGUGCGUGACAAGAUGGCCGAAUACAAAGCCAAGGAAAGUGCUACCAUUGAAAUGUUCAAGCAAAUGGCAGAGGAGCAAAGACGACGAGGGGCCUUUUAA